AUGGACAUCAUAUUAUUGAAGCGUCUUAGAACAUUUGCCAAUAGUAUAAAAGAGCAUCAAGCGAGAGCAUCAGAGCUAUGUGCGUGUCGUCCAUGGGAAGAUAAUGAAGUGGAACAAGCCGCUAUCAUUGCCUCCAAGUUGCGGUCAAUGCUGGGGAAAUUUCAGAGUGAUCUCUAUCAGUAUUUUAAUACAAGCACUGAUCCGAACCCUGAUGAGGUCUCGACCUUAAUAGAGAUACAAUUACAAGGCGAGGAAAUUUUAGCUGAACUUAAUGCCAGAAUACAGUCCAUUAAAGAACAAGGCCAAGUUAAGUCCGACCCUGUUAAGAAUAGAAGUAAGCUACCGGAAUUAGAGCUUGUGUCUUUCCAUGGCAAUGUCCUAGAGUGGACCCAAUUUUGGGACCAGUUCAGUUCCAACAUUGAUCAAAGAAACUUGAGAGAUGUGGAUAAGUUUCUUUAUCUUAAAGCUUCCUUGAAGGGUGAAGCAAAAAUCAUAAUUGACGGUUUGGAAACCACAAACGAAAAUUAUAAAAUAGCCGUAGAUACACUUAAAGAAAGAUAUGGUAAUAGAAUACAGAUUAUUGACGCUCAUUACUCCUCCCUAUACAAAGUUAAGAAAGCGAUGAAGCCUCAAGAUUGCAGGAAAACAUUAGAUGAAUUAGAAAGACACCUUAGAGUAUUGCAAUCCCUAGGAGAAGACACUAAUAAGAAUAACUUAAGGUUCCUUUUCAUGGAAAAAUUUCCUGAAGAUGUGAUUUAUGAGUUGAAACUGAAGUUGAAAACUGAAUCCACAGAAGAGAUAAGGAAACAGUUAAACGCUAUCAUAACGGCAAAGGAGGAUGUUGAUAGAAUUAAUGCAGAGGAUAAAAAUAUAGAACCUACCUUCACCACUGAAACGUUACACGUGAAAAUUAAUAAAGUUAAGGAUAAUAAUAAACAUUUGAAGAAAUUCACUGGUGAAAGGAAAUUUAAAGAUAAAUAUAAUAUGAAACCUAGAGGGAAACCCAUCAAAACCGAAACGGAAGAAGUCCGACGUUAA